UGUAUCGAGAGGAGGGAGGGAGAGAGAGAAAAAGUUAUGCUGCUGUAGACAUGGACCUACGCUCAGAGCUCCUCAAGUCUAUUUGGUAUGGUUUCACUGCUCUGGAUCUUGAGAAGAGUGGGAAAGUGUCCAAGUCUCAACUCAAGGUUCUGUCCCAUAACCUGUGUACGGUUCUGUCCAUCCCCCACGACCCAGUGGCUCUGGAAGAACACUUCAGGGAUGAUGAUGAUGGACCGGUCUCCAGCCAGGGGUACAUGCCUUACCUCAACAAAUACAUACUGGACAAGGUAGAAGAGGGCAGUUUUGUCAAGGAACAAGUAGAUGAGCUUUGCUGGACUCUCACUGCUAAGAAGAACUACAAGCCGGGGAAGGACAAUAAGAACGUGUUGCCAGGGAAAGAUGCCUUUAGUCUAUGGUGCCUGUUUAACUUUUUGUCAGAGGACAAAUAUCCUCUGGUUAUGGUCCCAGAUGAGGUGGAAUACCUGCUCAAGAAGAUGUGUAUGGCCAUGAGUGUUGAGCUCAACUGUGUGGAGCUGGAGGACUUCAUCUCCAAGGAUACAGUGCAGCAGAAUGGUUUCACUGUCUGGUCCUUCCUGGAGAUGAUGAACUCUGGGAAGGUAACUAGAGGCAUGGACCAGGGAAUCACCAGCAUGGCCAUAGAGGAGGUGUACAGGGAGAUAGUUGGUGAUGUCCUCAAAGAGGGGUAUCUUUGGAAGAAGGGUCAGCUGAGGAGGAAUUGGAAGGAGCGCUGGUUCACCCUGAGGCCCGGUACCCUGGCCUACUACACCAGCGAGGACCGCAAGGAGCGCCAGGGAAACAUCUCUCUGGACGGGGACUGCUGUGUGGAGGUGCUGCCAGACAGAGAUGGGAAGAGGUGUAUGUUCUGUCUGAAAACUCUCUCCAAGACCUAUGAGAUGAGUGCCUCAGACACCAAGCAGAGACAGGAAUGGACAGCAGCCAUUCAGACAGCCAUCCGUCUACUCACUGAAGGGAAGACCUCUCUCCACAAGGACCUGAAGCUGAAGAGGAGGGAGCAGAGGGAGCAGCGGGAGAGGAGGCGGCUGGCCAAAGAGGAGGAGCUUCAACGUUUUCGGGCCCUCCAGGAGGAGAAAGAGCGUAAGCUGGCCGAGCUGGAGCUCCUGAAGGAGGCACAGAGGCAGGCCCAGGCUCUCCUGGAGCAGGACGAGAUGAGGAGGCGUCAGCAGCAUGAUGAGAUGCAGCAGGCCCUGGAGGUGCAGCUCCGCGAGGCAGAGGAGUCGCGGGCCAGCAUGCAGGCAGAGAUGAUUCUGAAGGAGGAGGAGGCGGAGCGGCAGAGGAAGAGGAUCAAGGAGCUGGAGGGGUUGCAGACGAGUCUGGAGGAGGCCUUGCACCAGGAGAUCAAGGCCAGACAGGACGAAGAGGUCUUUAGAUACGCACAGACUGGUUUGCUGUCUGAGGAGGAGGAGAAGAUGAAGGCCCUGAUGGCCCUCCAGGAUGAGCAGGAGGAGUACAUCCGGAAGACCCAGAGAGAGAAGCAGGAGCUGCGGCAAGAGAUGGAGAACAAGACCCGGGCUCUGGAGGAGGCCCAGCGGCAGCUGGAGGAGGUCAGGGCCAACCGACACCGGGUCGACCAGGACGUUGUGGCUGCCCAAAGGAAGCUUCGCCAGGCCAGCACCAAUGUCAAACACUGGAAUGUUCAGAUGAACCGGCUGAUGCGUCCAGUCGGACCAGGAGAGAAGAGAUCUUCUGGAGGCUCGUUCUCCAGUUUCCAGAUGCCGUCUCAGAGAGAUCCCGGCCUGCGUCUGAGACAGCGGUCAGAGGAGCAGGAUGAUGAGAGCAAGGAGAACGUGGACAGCAGUGGUACAGGGUUAGGCUGUGAAGGAGAGAGACGUCUCUCACAGACCUCUAACGGAGGCAUGGACAUCCCCUGAGAGGAUAUGGUUCUUCUCCUCUAGAAGGGAAAACUGUGUUACCAACUGUGUUUUGUUUGUGGAUUUUGUAAUGGAAAAGGUGGAAAGACUUUGAGCGAGUAUGAAUUCAUCUUUUAGGUGGUGUCAAUGUGAACGUUCUGUCUAGUUGACGGAAAAGCAUGGAUGGGAUCGUCAAGAUACAUGACAUUAGUCAUUUAAAUAUUCUUCUCCCACCAAGUUGGUAGUAAACAAUUAGAUGCAUCAUUGGUAGUAAAUGUAUUAUAUCAAUAGUAUUCCAUCACAGCAUCUCACGGUAUGUUGAUAGCAAGUCUCCAUGUUUUAAUGAAGAACAGAAUGACCACAAGUGUUUGUUUUUGUUGUUGAGAAUUUCUUCUCAAAGAUCACAAGAUGAAGAUUUCUUUCCUCUCACAAAAUGAAUUCUGUAAAUAUAUUUACUAAAUGAGUCUAGUUUUUUCUCUUCUCUCCCUCUUUGCAAUGUCAGACAGACAUGCAGACAGAAAUGCGGACAGACAGGUGGACAGACAGACAGACAGUGGUAUUAAUAAAACAUGGAUAGUACUCUCUACCAAAUGGGUACAAUAUGAAAACAGAGAAGAGUGAUUUGUAGAGUGGAAAUGAAUGCAAA